AUGGCGGAGACGCCGCCAACGCCAACAUCGGCCGCGGCUCGCAUGGCCCAACAGGCCCAGAUCGGGGCCCGCCCAUCGCCGCAGCCACCAGAAGCAGCAGCGCUGCCAUGGCCUCCGGCAGGCUCCUUCGCCCACGCGGCCAUCCCAGUCGCCGCACUUGCCCACCACCACUCCGUCGCGCCGCCCAUCGCGCCCGGAUCGUGCCCGGAUGGCCCGCUCCGCCCGCCGGCACCAUCGGCAACGCCACGACCCAGCACGGCCACCACGCGCCGUCCGCAGCAGCCGCGCCCGUCGCCCUACGCCGCCGCGCCCGUCGUCCGUCGUCGCGCCCGCCACCGUCGCCGCGCCCGAGUGAGCUCCCUCUCACCAGGGACGCGGGAGGGAAGAAACCGCCCCGCCGCCACCUUCCCCGGGGAGCGCGCGGCUUUGGCGGCUCCCCUCCGGCGGGGGCGAGGCAGGGGAAAGAGGGGGUGGGAGCCUAGGGGCGGCGGCUAG